AUGUUAGUUAAUCGAACUUCAAUACUUUUGAUCAAAGUCGUUAAAUAUCAUAUAAUAGGUUUUAGAGAAACGGGAACCGAUGCAAGACUACGCUAUGGUUCUGAUCCAAUGAUUGUUUAUCUAAGUAGUGGACUAUAUGCCUUGAUUGAUGUAACAACAAUAAUAUCGACAGAAUCAUAUGAUGGUAAAGAUUAUACAAUAUUAUGGCUAAUAGAAUCCUCUUCAUUAAUGACUAUUUUGGGUUCAAUAUCAGUAUUGAUCUAUUUCACUGUUGUUAUUCUUAUUACUGUCCUACUUUGUGGCAUUCAAUUAGGAAAACCAUGGCUACUAUUUCUUUGGUCAUUUCUAAUGUUUUUCAUGUUACUUGCUGAUGGUAUUGUGACUGUACUUUCUCUUCGAGAACAUCAACAACAGAAUUAUCGAUCAAUGAAUCAAAUUAAAAUUCUCUUCUUUAUUAUGAUUGUUCGUCUUUUUGUCUCGUUAUGCGCAAUUUUUGUGGCUAUCUUUUAUUUUCGUCGUUUAAAUAAAGCUCAAUCAGAACAAAUAAAUCGACAAAGAAUGUUAAAUCGUUACAAUUCUGAAUGUUCCUCACUAUCAUAUUAUGGUUCGUGGGCACAUUCUGCUACUUUUUUAAAUCCAUCAAAAGAAAACAAUGAUGAUCAUUAUGCAUCAGAUUUUCCUCCAUCGAUUCCAUUACCAAGAGCAAAAUUUACUCCUCUUCAACAUCAUUCAACAUCAACAGUACUUCAUUUACAUAAUCAACGCUCAGAUAAUAUAAUACAAUCUCAUCAACGAGCAAUUAAAAGAUAUGUUGAUGAUUUCCGAUAUAAUGUACCAUUACAAGAAAGAUUUCAUCAACAACAGAAAAAAGAUGUACAAGAAUUUUAG